AUGCCUAGCAUAUGGCGCAUUUGGCUACUGCAAAGCGUGGAGUUGCAUCCAGAUGCUGACAUAGAGAUUGAAGCUCAUGCCUUUGGUGAUAACAAGCAGCUUUGCAAUAUUUCGUCGCAGAACAGUCCUAGUGCAAGGAUCAAUAAAAACGCACUCCGCUCUACAUCCGAGUAUUCUUGGGAUUCGGAAGAAGCGUAUCUAAAGCUAAAGUGUUGGGAAUCUCGGUACUUCGGGUAUCCUGUUCACAGGCCCAAGUUGUGCUACCAUGCAUCUACCACAACAGUUGUUGAACUCCGGAAGGCUGCGAUCGAAUGCAAGGCUACAGUGAAACCUGACCUUGGAUAUUCUUCCUUUGGAUCCGAUCCUGACGAUGGGUCUGAUGCCUCUGAUGUCUCUUUUGGAGACCCCGCAUUAGACGCAUCAUUUAAUUUGACUCCAUUCCAUGUCCUGCUUUCUGCUGCCAAACGGAGAACGGAUUUGCUAGAGGUACUGUUGGACAAGUUUCCUUUGCACGCAUGCUCGGAUAAUGGAAAGACAUGUGGGGUAAUCGGCCUUUGGAAUUCUUGGCUGGAAACUGGAAUGGAGACGCCAGGGAAAUGGCAAAGAUGA